AUGACUAAAGCAUAUGAUAGGGUGGAGUGGCAUUUCUUACUUCAUGCUAAAGAAAUUCAUCAAUGGAAGCUAGAAGAAGCCUGUCAAUUAGAGCAAGCACGGCUUAAAGAAGAGGCUGCUCUUGCAAUUGUGGAGAUGGAGAAGGCAAAAUGCAAAUCUGCCAUUGAAGCAGCGGAGAAGGCACAAAAAAUAGCUGAGAUGGAAACUCAGAGAAGAAAGUUUGCAGAGUUGAACGUCCAACGAGAGGCAGCAGAGAGGAAACGAGCACUUACUGUUCUAACAAGUAAUGAUGUCCACUGCAGAAAAUAUACAAUAGAAGAGAUAGAGGUAGCGACCAAUAACUUCUCAAGUUCAAAUAAAAUUGGUGAAGGUGGUUAUGGUCCUGUUUUCAAAGGUACUCUCGAUCAUACUCCAGUAGCCAUAAAAGCUCUUCGAUCUGAUGCUAAACAAGGGAGGAAACAAUUCCAGCAAGAGGUUGGGGUCCUAAGUUGCAUGAGACAUCCGAACAUUGUCCUCCUUAUUGGUGCAUGUCCUGAAUAUGGAUGCUUAGUGUAUGAAUUCAUGAGCAAUGGAAGCUUACAAGAUCGAUUGUUCAGGAAAGGCAACACCCCUCCCAUUCCUUGGGGUACUCGUUUCAAAAUUGCAGCUGAUAUUGCAACUGCACUUCUGUUUCUUCACCAGUCAAAGCCAGAACCUCUUGUGCACCGUGAUCUUAAGCCAGCCAACAUCCUCAUAGACCACCAUUAUGUAUGCAAAAUUAGUGACGUUGGUUUAGCAAGAUUAGUUCCCCCGUCUGUAGCUGAUAAUGUCACACAAUAUCGUAUGACCUCUGCUGCAGGAACAUUUUGUUAUAUUGAUCCAGAAUAUCAACAGACGGGUAAAUUGGGGACAAAAUCAGAUAUAUACUCGUUUGGGGUAAUGUUACUCCAAAUUAUCACUGCAAGGCCCCCUAUGGGGCUCACCCACCUUGUCGAGAGAGCCAUUGAAAAGGGAACAUUUGCUGAGUUGCUUGAUCCAACAGUGCUAGACUGGCCUAUUGAAGAGGCCCUUAGCUUUGCGAAACUAGCUCUAAAAUGUGCUGAGCUCAGGAAGAGAGACCGACCAGAUCUUUGUUCAGAAGUAAUGCCAGAACUUAACCGGCUAAAAGAACUUGGAAUGAACAAUGGAUUAAGCACUGACAGCAGCCAUAACCAUCAAAAUUCUCCUCCAAGAUCAAAUCCUAAUGAAAAAGUAUCCAAGGAUGAUGCAUGGUUGAAGAAUGAUGUAGAUAUGGGAAAUACCCUCUCCAAAACAAGGCAGCAUCCACUGGACGACACAGUUGGAUAUUCAGAAACUUUGGAGCUGCUUUCUUGCGAAUGUGAAGAUACUAAAUUAACUUGACUAAAAUCAAUAGGAACAGAUAAAAGGACAUGCUUACCGAAAAAAAUACAGAAAGCAGUUGUAUCUUCUUGAAAUAAUAAGCCGUAAAAGUCACUUCAACAGAAUCUUUAAUUGAUUUUGUUUCAUAACAGUACUUUUAAAAUAAUAAGGGGUUGCUUUUAGUGCGUGAACCAAUAAAUGGUCGUUUUACUUCUU